CAACCGAUAAAGCCCCUUUAAUGAAGGUUACUCAAUCAUAAACAACAGUCAAAGGGAAAUAACUCUAAAAGUAUCGAAAUAAUGUAAUCAGGUUUACAUACAUGUGCGUUUGUGUGAUAGAAAGUUGAUUCGAUUUUAACCGACAGAAAUAAUAAUAAUGGCUAAUUUACUAGAAUGAUAUUAUUGUCUCGAUUAUUUCUUUCUUUCAAGAAGUCAAUGACAAAGGUUUUAGAAUUUGUUUUAUGUCCAAAAUCGAACUGCUUCCUUGUGUAUUGAUUGAGGAAACGUGAAACUGAAUAAUGUAUUGAUACUAUGAUAGCUCCAUAAAUUAUGGCAUAAUAAAUAGUCAGUGGAGAAUGUACGAGGAGGUGUAGGUGAAAAACUUUGAAUCAUGUUAAUAUUUAGACCCACAUCAUAUUUUUCUUCAACUUCGAACCCAUUAUUGUUAAAGCUGAUUGGAAAACACAAACUGGGUUUACAAAACACCUGUGAUUAUUUUCUGCAUAUAAGAUACAAUUCCUUAUCUUGUAUCAGUUUGAAAAACAAUUCUUCAUGUGAUAAAAAUGUUGGAAGCCGAAAUCGGCAGUUUGACACUGUUUCCAAGGAAACAGUUAUAGCAGAAAAGAAACCAUUAGGCUUGAAAGGAGAUUGUUCUAUUUUUGGAACAACAGAAUUACAUGUAUGUCAUAUUACUGAUAGAAAUAUUAAUAUGUGUACUACAGAUGGUGGCAAAAAGAAUUGUCAAAAUGUGAAUGAUAAUAAAAACAAUCAUCAAUUUGAUGGAAUUUCAGAACGUUUUGUAAUGCAAAGAUCACAGAAUGAACACUUAAGAAAUAUUUUCUACAAUAAAACUGAAUCAGCUUUGGAUUCUAGAUGGAAGUGUAAUAAUUCUAGAUGGAUCAAACAGUGUUUGGAAUUUCAGUUUUGUCAAAAUACUCACAACAAAGGGUGUAAGUCACAGUUACCAUGGAAACCGCAUCACCAACAUCACAACAGAACUAAGAAUCAUUUGUUGUGCUCACAAAAACGUGGAUGCUUUUGUUCAUUAACAUGUGCCAGAACAUACUCGACAAAAACUAUUUCCGGACAAGAGAAACAAUGGAAGAUUCUCUUUUUCGGAACAGAUGACUUUGCAGUGGAAAUUCUGAGGAUCUUAAAUGAAAACAAAUUGAGUUCAACAGAUUCCAUUGUUGAAGCUCUGGAUGUUGUGUCCAAUCCAGGAAAGACAGCCGUUAGAAACUAUGCGGACACCGCAGGUCUCCCUGUAUUCACGUGGCCGGUUCGUUCUCUAGCUAACGACUAUGACAUUGGUGUCCUAGCGUCAUUUGGUCAUCUCAUUCCUGGCCAACUGAUCAGCUCUUUUCCACAUGGUAUUCUCAACGUUCAUCCCAGUCUCUUACCACGGUGGCGAGGAUCGGCCCCCAUUAUUCACACCAUACUAAACGGCGAUGAGGUGACGGGGAUUUCCAUCAUGAAGCUUAGGCCAAAACGAUUUGAUGUUGGGUCGCUGCUGGUGCAGAAAGAAGUCUCAGUCCCACCCCGUGUCACUUCCUGCCAGCUUAGUGAGAUGCUUGCCCGACAGGGUGCGCAGGUGCUUAUUGAUUGCUUGUCGAACCUGGCGUCUUAUGAGAACGCUGAAUACGAACAGCCAACAGAUGGAGUUACUCUGGCACACAAGUUAAAAGCAAGUGCGGCUCAUAUCAGAUGGCAUCAACAGACGUCUGUGGAGAUAGAUCGACUGUACCGGGCAGUUGGGGAAAUAAUGCCAUUGAAGAGUCACUGGAAGGAUUCACCAGUCAAAUUACUGGAUAUGGUGGAUCCAGUACUUGUGCAAGAUAUGACCAACAGAUUGGCUGUGAAUGCUGCACCAGGAACGCCGGUCUUUUCCAAAGACAGACAACUCUUGCUGAUCAAAUGCAAGGAUGGCUAUGUUGGAUUCCGGACGGUUAUUAUAAAAAAGAAAAUGUCAGCUCAGGCAUUCUACAAUGGAUAUUUGUCAAAACCACAGAACAAGGAUAUUAUUUUUGUAUGAAAUACACAUUGGUAGAACUGUCAAUCAACUGGCUACUGUGGAAACCAUAGAAUGAGGAUACAAUAUUUACAUAAAAUUCACAUAGGUAGAUCUACCUAUCAGAUGGCUGCUAUGGAAACCACAGAACAAGGAUACAAUAUUUACAUGAAAUUAACAUUAGUAGAUGUUCACAGUAAAUAUAUAACAUGUUUUGUGAUGUUUACAAGUCUUUUCUUUGCAAGAUAUUUGAUAAGAAAUUAAAUGUUUAAUAUUAAAGUACUUAUGUAUUAUGCAUAAA